ACAGCAUAACUUUUCUCAUUGAAAAAGUGAAAAACAAGUACCAAAAUUUAUUUUCUAGUAUAGUCCAUCGGGAGCGCAAGCUUUACAGAACUGAAUCUUUGCCUUCCCCGGGAAUGAAACCCAGUCCAAGAAACUCAAACAAGUGUUUCGUGAAAGCAUGAUCGAGCGGUAUAUGAAACUCCUCCCUUUGAAGACGUUUUUGCCCCUUCACCUGCGUGCAGACCAUAAUCGACCAUCAUCAACGCGAUAAACCUUGCAUACAUGAAGGCGGGCCUAGGAUCUGAUCAGAUACCUCAGUUCCAAGUGUUCUUCAAUGACCAAACCACCAAUGACUUCAACACCCUCUUCUGAGUUCCGAGCUCUUCCACCCAAUCGGCCGGGCGGGAGUUCCGGGGGCUUUCCAUGGCCCACUGUACCCAGCCACUUCAAUGAACUUGAUCCACUCAGCUUUCGCGCUUCACUGGCUGUCCAAGGUUCCUGAGGAAGUGAAGGUCGGUUCUCACGCACGGACUGAAGGAAGGAUCCCGUACGCUGGCGGUUCUCGUGGAGUCACCGAAGCCUUUGCUAGUCAGUUUCAGAGGGAUAUGGAGGAGUUCUUCGAAGUGAGAUCGAAGGAGAUGGUGGAGGACGGGCUGCUGAUGCCGUGUCGGCCUGAUGGCAUAGUGGCUUCUGAGUUCAUGCUUAUGCACAUGUCGAGUGUUCGGGGAAUGUUCUUGCAGAUAUGGCCAGAGAGAACCGCACCGGACCAAGUUAUUUCUGAAUUUUCACGAGUUAAUGCAGCUCCGUUUUUUAAGAACAGUGGACUUUUUGGAGCUUAUGAGAUGGAAGAGCGAAAUGAGGCAACUGUUCAAUAAUCUUGAUAUGCCAGAGGCAGGGACUCCUGCCAGUUUGCCUGGAAUUUUAUUUAUAUUUGUAUUUCACCCUUGUUGUAGGGCUUGGUAAAGGAAUAACUCGUCGACUCAUUCAUUCUGCCGAUUUUCAUCCCGAGUCCAGCUGAAGUAAAGGAGCUGGCAAUGAAGAUGGAUUGCUUCAGCAUUUAAGUAGCAGAAAAGAUUUACUACCCUCCAAAGCCAACUACACCAGAAGACAUGAGGCUUUGCACUUUCCAUCUCAGAGCAACAAUAGAAGACGUUUUGCACAAACAUUUUGGACCCGAAAUUAUCAGUACCGUCUUUCAGAGGCUUCCACAAAAGCUCGAACAGUUCUCAAGUACGCCGUGUUUCACAAAUGUCGAGAGGUUGCAACAUUUACUUCUUGUAGUCAAGAAGAAAAGAUGCUUCUAAAGUAAAUUUACUAUACAUAAAGUUGUCCAACUGCUAGCAUUCCCAAAAUUCCAGACUGAAUUUGGUUUCCGAUGUUUGGAAUGCAAAUCAAGUCAAGAUCUGCAA